AGCAGAAUCAGUUUAGUCUCGGUGGUGGUAAUGUGUAGAAGUGGUUUGUGAUUGUGAGUGCGGUCUCGGCUGAUCAUAAAACGAGCAAAGGAAAAGUAAAUUAAAUUUUCAGAACCCGCAGUCGGUCCGGGGGAAAAAAACGAAAAACAACAAUCAUCACACGGCUAGUGAAAGCAAAGUUUACGGUAUCGAACUUUAGUUUGAGGAAGGUGGAGUACCUCAAACGUCCAGAAUCUCUCCGACUAACUGGCCAAGGUUUGGGCAGCAGCAGCAGCAGUGUGAUGGCGAAUGUAAACAGAGAAGCAUCUUGGGCAAAUUGAAGCGACAAAUCGUGGUUGAUUACAUUAGUGCAUGGUGUAGAAGUAAAUUUUAUCACUGAAAGAAAAAAAAUUACAGUUAAAUCUACGUAAUUUGACAAAUCAAAGUUACAGUCAAAGGUUGUUGAGGGUAGAAACCAGUUCGAGCUAGGAAGUCAAGUGCAAGGUGAAGGAAAAAGGUCGUCUCAGCAAGCUUUAGACUAGUGGAACCGACUGGUUUGAGCAGCAGGUGCUAGUUUUUAGUGCAGUGUCAAAGUGCACAACAAGCAGUUUGCUUAGAUCUCGAGAGGAAAAUAAAGCACAGCAAAUAAAAAUGAGUGCGGAAGCGGAAAUCCGACGCCGGAACAUCGGUGAGGGAGAUUCCCUUGGGGAAUCCUCGCUCAAACCGGACGACAAAGGCCAGAAACCCGCCCAGGAAUCGACCACGGCCGAAAGCUCCGACCACAUUGACUCCGAGGAGGAAAAGCUACCGGAAGAGAAAUAUGUGGAAGAAAUGUCCAAAACGUUGCCCCAAGGGACAAACAAAACCCCGGAAGUCCUGGGGCAAGCGCUAAGUGGACUGCCGGACAGAUGGCGAAACUGGGUAAUACGAGGAAUUUUCACAUGGAUCAUGAUCAGUGGAUUCUGUCUCAUCAUUUACGGAGGUCCACUUGCGCUGAUGAUCACGGCCCUCGCCGUGCAGGUGAAAUGCUUCGAGGAAAUCAUCUCCAUCGGCUACUCGGUGUACCGGAUUCACGGCCUGCCCUGGUUCCGCAGCCUGUCGUGGUACUUCCUGGUCUCGUCCAACUACUUCUUCUACGGCGAGAAUCUGGUCGAUUACUUUGGCGUGGCCGUUAAUCGCGUGGAUUCGCUCCGGUUUCUAGUCAAGUACCAUCGGUUCCUGUCGUUCUGUUUGUACAUCAUCGGGUUCGUUUGGUUCGUGCUGUCGCUCGUGAAGCGCUACUACAUGAAGCAGUUCAGCCUGUUUGCCUGGACGCACGUGGCGCUGCUGAUUGUGGUCACCCAGAGCUACUUCAUCAUUCAGAACAUUUUCGAGGGGCUGAUUUGGUUUAUCGUGCCGGUUUCGAUGAUUGUGUGUAACGACGUGAUGGCGUACAUGUUUGGGUUCUUCUUUGGCCGGACGCCGCUGAUCAAGCUGAGCCCCAAGAAGACCUGGGAGGGCUUCAUCGGGGGUGGAUUCGCUACCGUCGUGUUUGGACUGCUGUUUUCCUACUGGCUGUGCCAGUUCCAGUACUUUGUGUGUCCGAUCGAGUACUCGGAGAGCGCCGGCCGGAUGACCAUCGAGUGCGAACCGAGCUAUUUGUUCCAGCCGCAGGAGUACAGCAUUGGGUCGACCACGAUCACGAUGUACCCGUUCAUGUUGCACUCGCUGUCGCUGAGCAUCUUCAGCUCGGUGAUUGGACCGUUCGGAGGUUUCUUCGCGUCUGGGUUCAAGCGAGCAUUCAAAAUUAAGGACUUUGGUGACAUGAUCCCCGGACACGGUGGAAUUAUGGAUCGUUUCGACUGUCAGUUCCUGAUGGCGACAUUCGUGAACGUGUACAUUUCCAGCUUCAUUCGUGUUGCUUCGCCGCAGAAGCUUCUUAAUAUGGUUUACAGUCUGAAGCCCGAACAGCAGUUGCAGUUGUUCAACCAGCUUAAGGACAACCUCGAGGAACGCAACAUCAUCAAUUUGAACUAAGCCGCUGACGCCGUCCAACGACGCUGUUGGAGAAAGUAUUUUUAAUUGAUGAAAAUUCCGUACUGAAUUUGCAAUAUUUACAAACAUUUGAAUAUUCACACACUCACAUACAAUCCACACACACACAGCAACUGGGCUGAACAGAUUGAGAAUAAUAUAUACCAGCCCUGCGUUGCAAGAAUGAAAUUGGAAAAGGGAUUUUGAACUAUUUUCGGGAUCUUUUCUAGCUAUCGUGGGCGCGUUCUGGCCACAGCAUGAAUUGUUACGCGGCGUACCAAAAAGCAAGGGUCAGAAUGCGGGGAAAUGUUUUCGAAUGUGGUGAGUAGAAUUUGUAACAUUUUUUUAACAACCGUGGACGAGAUAUUUCACGGUACCGUGGCAAAUCUGUGUGUGCAAAAGCAAAUAUUUAUAUAUGAAAUGCAGUUAUAUAAACAUCAUGUAGCGAAUAAUAUAGAUCAAUGUGUAGGAUUAAAUUACAAAACUGUUGAAAUCAUACGAUUGAUGUACGUUGCCGAUGAAUCAUUCUCUUUAUAUAACUGGAAAUGUUUACAACGUCGUUGCUAUCUAGAGUGUAAGAUUCUAUGCCCAAUCCUUCAUAUACGAUGAUAUGACCUUACUGGUUGCCCCAGUUUAGAAGCCUCCCUUCCUUCCCAGUCGUCUUCUUGUUAUCACCCUUUAGACUAAUAUCAUUGUCGAGAAGUUGUAACGAAAACAAUGCCAGCUUAAGUUAGCAAGCUUGAUUUCUGAUAUUCCGUUAGUGUUAGAGAAUACGUACGUAACGAAACCCGACAUGAACAGUGUUACACACUAUACGAUGGAGAGAAAAUAAAGAGAUGGGAAUAUAAGUAGAAUUUGCUGUGCCUCUACAUUCCAGAAAUGCGUUUGCGACUCCAUCUUCUGUAGUGUUAUUCUUAAUACUCGAUACAACGAAGACGCGCGCCUGUAGAUUUGAACAGCAAUUUUGAUCCCAGUUUACAGAUUUCCCGUAAUCAUCGUGUUCAGUAAAUCCAUCAUUGAAUUUAUUUAUACCUUAUAUUUCCUAAAGUGCAAUCAAAAUCGAAAUGAUUUCAGAAUCGAGCAAGUAAAAUUGGUUUAUGUUGGUUGUAAAUUUGGUUUAAACUAUCUUGUUAUUUGCUGAAUUCGAGGCAGUAAUGAAAUCAAAUGUUAUUUGCGUUGUUACCAUUAUUUUAAUUCAAUUAUGUGUUGAAAUUCUUCUUGUUAAGUGCUCGAAGCUUUCCGAAAAUAGCUCAUAUUCAGCGCAAUGCAGUUCAUGUUAUCAAGAAUCGGUUAAAUUUGUGUAGAUAUUAUGUUUGUUUUUAAAGUAGAAAUAGUUCAGUGUUUAAUUUUCUUUGUUUAGUAGUUAAAAUAGUUAUAUUUUUACUUUAUUUACGAUUAAUUACUUUAAAGACUCAAUGAUUUUCAACAGACAAAACCGAUACAAUCAAACCUAACCGAUCGUUGCUUCAAACAUCGACACCAAAAGUUGUUUCAAGCUGCAACGUAAAAUUACCCCCUCCUCCUACCUUCCGACAAAUCCCCCGAAAGACCUUCUCACGCAUGUGGGUAGAAACCUCACGUUUGGUUGGCCAUUUGAGGUUUUAUUUUUCUUUCUUUCGCGGGGAAAUGAACUAAUCGAAAAACUUUAUAACGUAAGAUUGUGGUGAACCUUAAUCGUUGGUAAAGUGAAGAAUUAAAAAAAAAACAAAUAACAAUGUCGAGCAACCCAAACAUUAUAAUUAUCAUUAUGAAAUACCAAAAUAUAUCUAAACUUUCUGUUGUACAAACAAACAGGUUAUGGCAGUGAAAAUGGAACAAAAGAAUCAAGUUGUAAGCUAUAUUAAAACAGACUAAAAAACCCUUCUAUGUAAAUGUGAA